AAAGCCGUCGCCACCGCUAUCUGCGGAUUCUCUCUCCUCCAUUACAGUCAAGACUCCAUUCUCUCUUACGGUCAGACUCGAUUAUCUUACAGUCAGGCUCCUCAUCUGCUCAUUCUCUCCAAAAAUCUCGAGUUUCCAGUCAAAACCAUGGAUUUCUUCAAAUGGGUCUCUUCCAUUCUCCUUCUGUUGUCCAUGCUCUCCAUUUCUUCAUCCAAUCCAACAGGGCCCCCGCAGAUUGGCUUCGAUUUCUUGACUUCUGCGAAGAAACCAGAGAUUGUGGAAAAGAUGGUUGAUUGGAGGAGGAGAUUGCAUGAGAACCCAGAACUUGGUUUCGAGGAAUUCGAGACCAGUAAGCUGAUCAGGAAAGAAUUGGAUGAGAUGGGUAUACCAUACAAGCACCCGAUCGCCGUUACGGGCAUCGUCGGUUUCAUCGGGAGUGGUGGGCCGCCUUUUGUCGCUAUUCGAGCAGACAUGGAUGCUCUUCCUAUGCAGGAGGGUGUGGAGUGGGAGCACAAGAGUAAAAUCCCUGGCAAGAUGCAUGCUUGUGGGCACGACGCUCACGUCGCCAUGCUCCUCGGUGCUGCAAAGCUCCUCCAAGAGCAACGCGAGAAUUUGCAGGGAACAGUUGUCCUUCUCUUUCAACCAGCUGAGGAAGGAGGCGGAGGAGCACAGAAAAUGAUAGAAGCUGGAGUUCUGGAGAAUGUCAAAGCUAUUUUUGGGCUGCACGUUUCCACGGAUGUAGCUGCUGGCAUGGUGGCCUCCAGGCCUGGUCCGGUUAUGGCAGGAAGCGGCUUCUUCGAGGCAGUGAUAAGCGGGAAGGGAGGUCAUGCUGCAAUCCCUCAGCAUACAAUAGAUCCGAUCUUAGCAGCAUCCAACGUGAUCGUUAGCUUGCAGCACCUUGUUUCUCGUGAAGCUGAUCCCCUUGAUUCACAGGUUGUGACGGUGGCGAAAUUCCAAGGCGGUGGUGCAUUCAAUGUCAUCCCAGAUUCCGUCACAAUCGGCGGGACCUUCCGAGCCUUUUCUAAAGAAAGCUUUUUGCAACUCAAGCAACGGAUCGAGGAGGUCAUCAUAGGACAAGCUGCCGUACAAAGGUGUAGUGCGACUGUUAACUUCAAUGCCAAAGAACGCCCCUUCUUCCCUGUGACGAUGAACAAUGAAGACUUGCAUAGGCACUUCAGAAACGUCGCAGGCGACUUGUUGGGGCCCCACAACAUCAGAGAAAUCCCACCAUUGAUGGGAGCUGAGGACUUUGCAUUUUAUACAGACGUGAUACCAGGAUGCUACUUCUUCCUUGGAAUGAAGAACGAGUCGCAUGGACCGCUUGAAUCUGCGCACUCGCCCUACUUCACGAUCAAUGAAGACGUCCUACCUUAUGGCGCAGCACUACAUGCAUCUUUGGCUAUGAGGUACCUUCUUGAAUCCCAUCCGUCCCCUCAAUCUAUAGAAGGAAAAGCCCAUGAUGAGCUUUAAGGUGUCAUACGACUCCAUCGAUGUCUUUUAGGACUCAAAAGCAUUCGAAUUCAGUGACAUGUGAAAGCAAUACGUAUUUGAAUUCUCAUAAUGGGGUCCACAGCAAUGGUCCCCUCUACAUCUCUGUACAUUUGGGUUUUCAAGUUUAUUACAGACCUUUUUUUU